AUGAUCUCGGUGUCGAAGCGAUGGACCGCGUCAAAGGCAGUGCUGGCUGCAGCUUGGGCCCUGGUGGCAGCCGUCGCGGGCGUCCCGACGGUCGAUGCCAUGUACUCGUCCUCCAGCGACGUUGUCCAGGUGGACGACAAGAGCUUCAAGGAAACCGUCCUCAAGUCGGACGGGGUCUGGCUCGUUGAGUUCUAUGCGCCGUGGUGCGGACACUGCAAGAGCCUCAAGUCGGACUGGGAAAAGUCGGCGAGCGCGCUAAAGGGCGUGGUCGGUGUUGCGGCUGUUGAUGCCACGGAAUCGAAGGGGCUAGCCUCCAAGUACGGGAUUAAGGGUCCGAAAGAGGGGCCCUGGGCGCCGCGGUGGGUUUGGGGGAACCCGCAAGGGCCGAGGUCCGCGGGCCUCAGCGCGACAGGGUCUCGGGUGAGACAGAAGCCGCCGGAGCCCGCGGCGUUGAGGCUAGCGUCGAUGAUGUCCCUCCUGCCGGGAGUCCACGGAAGCGGGAUUUCUGAGGGGUCGGAGAGCGGGGCCAUGGGCGCGGUGGUGGCUGUGGUGGAUCCGGCAAGGGCGGAGGGCAUUCUGAGGGCAAUCAAGACUCGAGGAAAGGUCGCCACCGGAGUUGCGUGGGGAGGGAUGGUGACAACGGCGGGAGGGGGGAGCGGGGUCGUCCGCCUCGUGUAG